AUGCCGAUCCCUUCGCUCCCGCUGUUCCUGGCAGCCCAACAGCAUGCGCAAAUCGACCCGGCGAAGGUGGCCGUGAUCGACGCGACCAAGCAACAAUCCUUCACAUACACACAGCUCCUUGAGGACGCAGCUGGCCUCCGAAAGCAGAUCACGGAGCAGCUGGGAUUUACCGACUUGGAAGAGCGGCGCAUUGCGUUUCUCGUGCCCAAUGGAUACGACUACGUGGUGACCAGCUGGGCAGUUUGGGCUGCCGGUGGAGUUUGCGUGCCACUUUGCACCAGUCACCCCGUCAAAGAAUUAUUAUACAUUCUGGGCGAUUCCGACCCAUCGCUCGUUAUUAUCCACCCUGCUUUUGACAAGGUUGCGCCGGCUUUGCGCGAGGGAUGCACUACGGAUGUUCUCUUCAUGGGUCUUGACCCGUUCACCAAGAAUGAUGCGCCGUCUCUGCCAUCCUUCUCGCCGUCAUUGGCCCUUGACAGACGCGCCCUCAUGAUAUACACCAGCGGAACCACAUCAAACCCCAAAGGGUGUGUCACCACGCAUGAGACGAUAACCUUCCAAGCUGGCUCUUUGGUCAAAGCCUGGAAAUACAGCCGGAACGACCAUCUCAUUCACGUCCUCCCACUCCACCACAUUCACGGCAUUAUUAAUGGGCUAGUCGCUAGUCACUUGAGUGGCGCUACGGUCGAGAUGCAUCCGAAAUUCGACCCUCGGGUUAUCUGGGAGCGCUGGCAGGUCCAAGACUCUACUCUCUUCUUCGCGGUGCCUACCAUCUAUUCCCGCUUAAAUGAUUACUUCGACACCAAAAUUCGCGGAACUCCCCAGGAGGAUGCUGCUCGAGUUGGAGCCCAUGCCUUGCGUCUCAUUGUCAGCGGCUCAGCCGCGCUACCGACUCCUAUCAAGGCCAAAUUUGGUGAAAUCACCGGCCAGACCCUGCUAGAGCGCUAUGGAAUGACAGAGAUCGGCAUGGCUUUGAGCUGUGGACUGGAAGUGGAGAAUCGUAUCGAUGGAAGUGUCGGCUGGCCGCUUCCUGGUGUCCAAGUUCGAUUGACUGACAAGGAAACCGGUCGCAUCGUGGAAGAAGUCGAUGAAGAUGGCAUGAUCGAAAUAAAGGGUGGCAACGUCUUCCUUGAGUAUUGGCGUAAGCCCGAGGCUACAGCCUCCGAAUUUACGGCAGAUGGGUGGUUCAAGACUGGGGAUGUCGCCAAACGCGACUCGGAUGGCGCUUACUUCAUCCAAGGGCGCGCAUCAGUGGACGUAAUCAAAUCCGGUGGCUACAAAAUCUCUGCACUCGAGGUAGAACGCAAAAUGUUGGCUCUGGAAUCCAUCCAAGAGGUGGCCGUGGUCGGGCUGAAAGAUGAAGAAUGGGGCCAGAGAGUGGGAGCAGUGGUCAAAUUCCGAGGCUAUCCGUUGGACCUGCAGACUCUACGUGCCCAGUUGAAGACUGAAAUGGCAGCGUACAAAAUCCCCACCGUCUUGCAGGUCGUGGAUGCCAUCGAGCGGAAUGCCAUGGGCAAGGUUAACAAGAAGACCCUUGUGCAAAAGUAUUGGCCGGGCAAGGCUUGA